AAGAAGGACGAGGUGGAGAAGGAGAAGAAGAAGAAGAAGGAUGAGGUGGACAUGGUGGAGGAGGAGAACAAGAAAGACGAGGAGGAGAAGAAGGACGAGGUGGAGGAGGAGGACAAGGACCAGGAGGUGGAGGCCGCCACAGCACUGAACCUAGAACACCCGAAGGUGCCGGAGUCUGUGAAACCAUCGAGAGCUCCGUCUGGCAGGAGACGUUGCAGCAGGCGACGGGCGGCAGAUCCGAAGAGUCGCCUCGUUCUCAGAGUUCGUCUGCUGGAGGAUCCUCGGUGUGAGUUCAUCACCACCAAAGUGUUGAAGACGAGUCCGGUCCAGGACCUGAAGUGUCUUCGUGGUCUCCCGGAGCCCGACUUCCUGGACCUGCUGAGGUCCAGCUUCCCUCGUCUGGACGCAGACCACAGACCCUUUGACAUCUUCGCCGUCGGCAAGAACAAGAGGCUGAAGCCUCUGAAGGUCAAGAGUCUGACGCCAGCUGAGGUCAACAGGAGCAUCAGGUCGUCGGGGUCGUCGAGGUCGGCCCUCUACAUCCGCCUCAAGACGACAGAGGAAAAGUCUCAGGCGUCUUUGUCUUCGUCCUUGUCUGCCGCAAAAAGCGCCAAUGCCAGAACACACCGCAGCUCGACAUCACGGCAACGAGACGCAGAACCGGAGGAAGGAGACGCUGAAAUAUCAGAACCAAGAGACGAGGUUCAAGCUUCUGCUGCAGACUCUUCGACAGAGAACAAAGCGAACGACGAUGACGAUGACGAUGAUGAUGACGACGAGGAGGAGGAGAUGAUGAAUGACGAUGAUGAUUGGAAACCAGACGAGAGCAACAAGGAGGUGAAGGAGAGAGAAGCCGAACCGAGGCGACGGGUCAAAACUUCAGGAGUCAGAGCGAAGAAGAGCGACGGGCCACGGCCGCUCGUUUCCUGUAAAGUGUGCGGCGCUCUCCAGGCGACCACCAACAUCCUGAUCAAACACGCGUGGAGUCACGCCGAUGACCCCGAGCGGCUCUGCGGCGUCUGUGGAGAGAGGCCGGCCUCCGCCGAGGAGCUGCGGCGCCACCUCCAGGGCCACCUGAAGACCCACAGUUGCGACACCUGCGGGAAGUCGUUCCUAACCACUUGCGGCCUCGCAGGUCACAUCGCUCGCCACACGGGAGUGAAGCCGUUCAAGUGUGUCGAGUGCGGCAAAGCUUUCACCAACACGUGGGCACUGGGCAACCACCGGUGGGAGCACGUGGAGGACAAACCGCACAAAUGUGACAUCUGCCAAAAAACUUUUGCCUUCAAGUCGGCGCUCAACACUCACGUCCUGCGCCACACGGGCGAGAAGUCCUUCAGCUGCAACUCGUGCAGUAAAUCUUUUUCCAACCUGAAAAGUUUGUCUAGACACCACUUGUCCAUUCACUCGGAGAAGCGGCCGCACCGCUGCGACGUCUGCCACAAGUCCUUCAAGCUGGAACAUCUCCUGAGGCUGCACGAGAAGAUCCACGCCGUCCGCGACAAGUCGUUCCUCUGCGACGUCUGCUGCAAGGCGUUCUACAGUCUGGCCACGCUGCGCGCGCACAUGAAGACGCACGACGAGCAGAGUGCGCGCGUCUGCGGCGAGUGCGGCCGCACGUUCGCCUCGGCAGGAACCCUGAGCCGACACAUGAAGAGCCACAGCGGCGUGCGGCCGCACUGCUGCACGGUGUGCGGCAAGCGCUUCGUCAUUCGCCAGCAGCUUAACCAGCACAUGAGGCUCCACUCAGGCAAGAAGCCGUUCGUCUGCACCGUCUGCGGGAAGGCGUGCGCCCGCAAGGAGUACCUGAGGGUGCACAUGAGGACGCACAGCGGCGAGAAACCGUACCAGUGUUCGCUGUGCGACAAGGCCUUCAGCCAGAGCCACUGUCUGAAGACGCACAUGAAGAGUCAUGGCGGCGACGACGGGUCGGCGAAGGACUCAGAGACACACGACGGCAAACAGUGAAUCGAGUGGAAACGAUAAAACCUGUUCAAUCUCUCAGGUGGUGACAGGCUUGUUUGUAAUUAAUGUUUUCUAAGUAGUUUUUGUCAUAACAUAAAUAGGAAAUUGUCUGAUUACAUCGAUUGAGAGACUGAACUGUGUAUUUCACAAUACAGUGCAGGUUCCUCUGAGGGGACCACAGAGACUGUUACACCCCUGUGACAUGAAACAGUUUGUCAUCGAUUGUGUUCGUGAAGUUUGAGUCUGUUACCAUCCGUCACUGUUUCCUAUAUAAAGAACUUUAUAUAAAGUG